AGAAAAUUUCUUUGAUUGAUGUUCAAUUUUUGUAAUGAUCUUAAUAUAUCUUAGAACAAUUACAUAAAAAUAUUUCGUUAAAGAUUCGAGGUCCAGUGAGAGAAUCGAUCAGUGGUUUCAGCUGUAUGUGGUAACGGAAAUAACACGAUCGAUCCGAAUCGGUGAAAUUGUAGCUGAAGUGGUGAAACGAACAAAGGGAAAGACGGUUUCGGCAUGACCUGUGGCGGUGGCAAGAUCUCGUUAGAAAUAUCGGGCGGGGAGGAGGAGGCAUGGAAGCUGAAGCUGGUCGGCAGUCUCACCAUCAGGGGCUGCAGCUUACCCUGCCAUCCCCGGGAAUCCCCGGAUUGGACGUCGUGAGAGCUUUGCAUCAGACUGUGAUAUCACUGCGCUCCGCGCUGGAUUCCUCACGGGAAGAGCUACGCCGUCUUAAGGAGAGCGUCGGUGAUUUUUCUGGCGAGAGCUACGUUGACGUCGUCGAGAGGCUCGCUCUUGAGAAUCACGUCCUUAGGCGAAAGAUCCUAAGCAGGAACAGUGAGUUUUCUAGUGAUGCUGCCACAAGCCCGCCGCCCCAGGCCCGUCUUUUUUCACUCGCAGUAGAGGACGUCAAAGAUUUGUCAGAGCAAGCAGGCGUACUCAUGGACGCGUCCAAGGACAAAGUCGACAGGGAAGACGUGGCAGAGGCAUCGAAGCCGAUCAUCGGGCCACGUAGCGACAGCAACGCCGGUAACGAUGAUAAUUCCAAUUCGCAGACUCAUGCGAUCGAUAAAGUGCCUAAGAGCCAUGCAGGAUCGUCAUCCAAAUCGGAAUCCAAGGAUCAAAAGUUGAAAUUCGCUGUGUUGAAAGAUACGACGGCUAUGAAAUCUCAGGCUGCAGUCGGUUUAGACGACACGGUGAAACGUGGGACGUCCAACGAGGUAGUUUUUCCCUCGGCAAACAGGCAGUCGAAAGACGUCGAAGAAGAGGACGCGAUCGAGGGUCAGGCUGAUCGUCUGGAGAUGCCGGAGAAGGAUUUAGAGGAUCUAAGCCUGAAAUCCGUUUCUGACGGGGACAAUUCAGUGUUCAGCGACAAUCCGGACACGCAAGUGUCGCAACAACAUCAACGUCAGAGCCAGUCGACGGACCAACCGAAGCAGAAUGAUCAAUCUGAGAACGAGUCUGAAGAGCUCGACGAUAUCGAGUUAAUAUUCACGACGGAUGAAACUUGUCGCGAUCUCGGUCUUCAAGAAGAUCUCGUCUCUAUAACUGAAACCGAGUCCUGGCAGCAGUCUGCACCCACUAGUCAACCGGUGCUGUUGAAAUACACCAAGUCUACCGAGGGUGAAUCGCUGGUCUGCAACGGCGAGAAGACCAGCUCUGUCGAGGAGGCAGUUUCCUCGCAGAGCUCGAGCAUCGAUCGCGAGGAAAGCGUGGACAGGUUCGACGAGAGUUCUAGUACCAGAUUGAACAGAAUUUGGUCGCAGUGCUCGGUGUUGGUCGAGACAGACAUCAGCAAGUGCGGCGUCGUCGAAGAGCCCGAGCAUGCUACUAGACACGCGGUCAGAAGGAACACUUUAGCUGCGCCACCCACCGCCUACAGACCAAUCAUCCAUCGUGAAGCACUAGCGGGUAGUCGACGAAAGAGUGCUGCGCCACUGAGACCAGUGAUGGACAGAAUCAGUGGAGCACGACGAGAAUCUGGUGCCCAAACAGACAUUUCUGCGCUUCCAGCCCAUUGGCGUUCCGAGAGUUAUCUUGCGCACAAAGUGGCUCAUACGUUUACCACGUUACCCAGCAAAUUUGCUCUGCCAACCGGAGUGCCUGGAAGACUUCGAUUGUCCGACAAAACCCAAGAAGCUAGAAGAGUAAUGCUGUCGGACAUCAGCUUCACCAGUAUGGUACCGGAAUUGUCUAGAAGCGCUGACCAUCUCUGUCAGGAUCCACACGCACAGACUUGUUUUAGUUCUCGUGGUUGCAGUCUCCGUACACCGGAUGUACAUCGACGUGAAUCGCUGGGUUCUCCGGCAGGAUUUUGGCCUCGUUGUAACCCCGGCACAGGACUUUCGAGCCCCUGCGACUGUCGUCUCUCCACGGAUCUCUAUUCCUCUCGAUAUCGUGGAUCCUUAUCUUCGAUCCCCUCGCCCGGUUUGGAGGUUGUCGGAGGUCCAUCACGAAGACAUUCAUGGAGAGCAACUGCGGCAUCCUUCGACACCUGGAGGGUUCCUGUGGCCACUUCUACACCGAGACCAACCUGGUCCUCUAUGCCUUCUUCGCCUACCCACGUGCAUCCUCCAGCCACGACUUCGAAAACUUCCAAGAAUGUUCCGAAAAGAACGCGCUCGAAGGUCACCUUUCAAGAAUGCCCGAUGACACGAGGCAGCUUGCCAAACUUACGCUCGGAUUUGGUGACCGGCGAUAAUAGUGGUGAUUCGACCGAAUCGUUAAUCGACGAGGCAGAGGAUUAUUUACGACGAAGCAUCGACUCCAUGUUGACUAUCUCUAGUAGCGGCGUCAGUUCUGAUUAUUGGAAUCGACAAACGGUCAGGCGGAGACGUACACGACGAUACUCAGAGCCAGAUCUAAUCCGUGACUGGCAUCCACCGCAGGAUGCUAGACCAUACCUGCCAAAGAUACCGAGGGAUCUAAAGCUGGAUCAUCUCGUGAAGGUAAUAUCGCCGGAGGGUAAAGUUCUUCAAGGACGAGUGAGAUACGUGGGACCUGUACCAGGUCGUGAGGAGACGCACGUAGGCGUGGUUUCCGAUGGCACUUUUCAUGGCAGAAGAUUCUUCGACUGUGACCCCGAUCGUGCGAUUUUCGUCCCCUUCAAGAAAGUGAUUCUGGCCUGGUGCACCACUUGACCCGAGCCACCGAGCAACCUGACGACUCCCCGAAUUCUGUUGUCUCAGUACACCAUGUGAACGGAAAAAACGGUGAAACACGUACGUACGCGCGAUCCACGGUGAUUUCGACGAGUACGUGACACUUCUUUCCACCGUAAUGAACCCACGAAACGCCACUUAACACGCAGAGGAGGAGGGUAAGUUCUCGCAAGAAAGAGACGCUUCUAAUAUUCCAGAAAGAAACAUUUCGCGGCGCUCGAUCGCACAGCGCCUUCAAUCUUAAACCCAGAGCGAUUCGUUCGAAUCGUGAAUUUAUCGACUUAGAUCUCGCUCGUGACGGCGGUGAAAUUCUACUCGAUAUCUUCUUUUCUCUGAUCGCACGAUUAAACGAGAAAUUUUCAUACGAGGUACUCCGAUCGUAUGGCAAGACAGAUGGUACCUUGAAAGAACUAUUUCCGUCGAAUGCGAAUACUCGUUCGCGCGGGUCGAGGAGUAAAACGAAAAAGAUCUCGACGGAGGAUCGCAAGGAUCGAGUGAAUUCGAUGCGAAAGAUAGAUGUCAGCGUGCGAUUAUCGGCGCAAAUUCAAGGUACUCCGGAUGUCUGGUUGCCGAUCUCUGCAAGCGAUUCCCGUUUGAAAAUGAGCAAAUCAGUAUUAUUAUCGUGCAAACUCGUUCGGAUCUGUUAGUUAUAAAUUACGUGUAUCGUUGUCGAAGAAAUGCACAAAUCCGAAUCAAUGGAUCUCCCGUGAUCGAUGAAUUUUGCGUACGAUUGAAGCUAAGAGAGGAAGAAUGAGAGAGUGUAAGGGGAAAGAUCUGAUGAGGUAGAUUUAGCCAGGUUUGUAUUAAUCUCUCGUCAUCGCAAUCGCAAUGAAGGAUUCGCUAUUGUCAUUUAAUCCAUCUUAUUCCUUUCUCGUUUCCUCUUUUUAAUCGGUUUCCGCUUCUUUCAACGGGCAAACGUCGACGUAUACUUUACAGCGUAUGUGAUACAUCUAAAAAAAAGAAAAAAAGAAAAAAUGAAAAAACAGAGGAAGAAAAAAGAACACGUAGUACGGUAGACAAAUACGAGACUAUUUUUGUAACUCUUUGAGAUCGUAAGAUUCUAAUUGAAGAGAGAAAAAAGAAAAAAAAACAUGCCGGAAGCGUUUUUUAAUUGUAGCUGUAGAGGAUGGCUCCUU